AUGGACACUCAUGUAGUUGUGGCCGAUCUUCUACGCAUGGAAGGCCAGAAGCCUUCAAUCCGAUUUGAAGAUGUUCAGCUAUGCUCCGUUUUGCACAAUCAUGACGACCAUCCUGUUAUUGGCUUCUAUAAGCUCCGCAAUCGCAGUGUGAAGGCGAGAAAUGACCACAACUCCGUUUCUCACGAGAAACACUGCAAAGCAAUGUCAAAAAGUUUCCAUACUGCCACCAUAUUGUCACAACUUCUCAAUGGGAGGCUACAAGUCACUACUCGCCAAGAAGAGACAGAGAUCUCUACGGAAAGAAAUAUACCUUCUAUGAUUGUUGGAGAUACAGUCAUCAUUGCGGAUGAAACUUUCUCUAAUCCGCAAGAAGUAGGCGCUCAUAGUUGGAACAUGUUCUUAUCAAUGAACUUUCUCUUUCCGAAGGCCCAAAUCGGCUGGAAAUACGGCCUCACGUCUACGUCCACUCAGUUCAUGCAAAUAUCUUGUCCGAAUUUAAAAUCCGAUGACUCUCUCUUCACAAAAAUGGGGACCCUAAUCUACGACAAUAUGGAUAUAGUAUCUGGCAUGUGUCUCUUCAACGGAACAAUUCUAAAAACCAGUAUUUCUGAAGAAGAGGGUGGCGUGGAUCCCGACAAAAUCACACACAUCAAGCCUACAAUUAACGAGACGGAUUAUAUUGCUCGGUCAUCAUCUGCCAUCGCGGAUAUAGCAUCAAUGCUUACCGCCAGGAUCCGAGAACAAAACUCCAAACAACUAGUUCGCAUCAAGUUGGAUAAUCCCAGUUUUCAGUACUAUCAUGAGGUUGUCGAUAAGUUCGAGAAGCAUCUUUGUACUGGCAUAGAAGCACUAAUAUGGAUGGAGGCCGUUGAUAUUCGGCAUGGCCAGAUAGCCAAAGUGUUCACGAACUCUGUCCAACACCAGCUUCGACGGCGAGGCGUAAGCCCUGACAGCUAUGAAAUCAAUAUACCCUCGAGAAUCACUUCCUUUGCUCUGUCAAUUAGGGAGGCUUUGCAGGAUCAGAAAUGCCCUUCUUUGCAAACUGUUCUAGAAAUACUUGAUUCUGAAAAAGAUGGGCUCUGGCGAGCUUUCUACCAGUUCGUUCCGGUAAAGGAGAAGCCUCAAGAUUGGAAAGACUUGAGCUACCUAUUCUACGUCUUUGAGGUGAUCAAGUCAGCGCUUGUCGAGUCAAACACAGGAUAUCAAGCCGCCUCCAGACUCGAUAGAACAAGCGACACCCAGCCUCCAUUGAAUGAUCAAUUAGUUGUGAAGUCUGCGAAGAAGAGGAACUCAAAAGUUCAAUCAAACUCUCGUCGAUUGAUCAUAAACAUUGAUGACUCUGCAGAACGUCGAAUCUACUCCUGGUCACAGGAAAUGCUGAUGAAGAUCCGACAAUCUCAUUGCAACAUGUCAAAUUCGACACUGGUCGAGGUAUAUCUGUGUAGAAGGGUUUUCGUCAACGGCAAUAAAACCAGGAACCGGCUGUACCAUCAAGAUCCUAUGCCCAUAGCUCCUAUGCUAUCUCGUUUAUCGGAGCAUGGUGGUGAUGGAGGCCAGUUAAUGAAGCCAUUCGAUAUGGUUCAUCAACUUUAUGGAUCUGAUUGUGCCCAAAAUCUUGAGUUGUUAUUUUCUCAAGUAGGCUUGUAG